AUGCCGCUGCCCACUGAAGUCGUUCAAAACCUGAAGCAGACCGUUGAUGCAGCCUGCGCGGAUCCAAAGACAUCUAUCCCAGGAACUAGCGUCGUUGUUGUAGGGAAAGAUGGCGAAGAACUCUUUGCACACGCCGCUGGUCAACGUGGCGUUGCAAGCAACGAAAAUAUGACUCUCGACAACGUGUUUUGGAUUGCAUCUUGCACUAAGAUGAUCGCCGGGCUGGCCUGCAUGCAGCUUGUUGAGCAAGGACAGCUACAGCUGGAUGAUGGGGAUGAGUUAGAGAGGUUGGUUCCGGAGCUGAAAGAGACGAAAGUGUUGCAAAAGGAUGGUAGCCUGGUAGACAAGAAGAGGAAGAUAACCCUGAGAAUGCUCUUGACGCAUACCGCUGGCUUUGGCUACACGUUCUUCAACGAAUCUCUGUGUGCCGUAUUGGACGGGUUUGAUGAGUUCUCCGGGGACGUCAAGGACAUACUUCAGCCGCUGACUUUCCAACCGGGCGAGGGCUGGCAGUACGGCGUAAACAUCGACUUCGCUGGUUUGGCUCUCGAACGCAAGACUGGCAUGUCGCUAAACGACUACUGCCUGAAGAACAUCUACGAACCGCUAGGGUUGAAGAACAUAACCAUGUUCCCCAACGAGGAUAUGAAGAAGCGGCUGGCGUCCAUGCAUCAACGAAACCAAGAUGGCAGCUUGGUCGAGCGAGACCAUCUACUCCUCAAGCCCUUGAAAGCUUCGAGCAACGAGAUUGGCGGCAUCCUGAACAGCGGAGGCGCAGGUGCUUUCGCAACACCAUCCGACUAUGCGCAAAUAAUCGCAACGCUCCUCAACGACGGCAAGUCGGCCAAGACCGGCGUCCAACUCCUCAAGAAAGAGACGGUAGACCUCAUGUUCACGAAUCAGAUAUCACAGUUCCCCGACUUUGGUCGUCAGGGAAUCCCAGCGGCCAAGCCUGACCUCACAAACGCUAUUCCAGACAUAUACCCAGUGGAGGGUAAGCCUCCUCAAGGCUGGGGUCUGACGUUCAUGCUGUCCAACGGAGGCCCGACUGGUCGGUCCAAGAGUACUGGGUUCUGGGCUGGGCUCCCGAACUGCUGGUGGUGGUGUGACAGAGAGAAGGGAGUCGGCGGGAUCGUUUGCAGUCAGAUCCUGCCGUUUGGCGAUCCCAAAGUGCUUGGAUUGUGGUUCGACGUUGAGACGCAGAUCUACAAAGCCUUGGGGGCUUGA